ACCAUAUCGGUACGAAGUAUGCCGCGUUACCUCCAAACAAUGCCCGAAGAGCCCUAGGACACUGCGACCCCGAGCCAUGCCAUCAUGACGCCCAUUUGAGGCGCCAUUGGGCCAUGAAAGAAGCUCUGGCUGGCCCUCGCCCUCCCUCUUUCCCGCCACCUCCCUCCUCGCGGGUGCAUCUACCGUCCUGACCGACCCAUCUAAGAUCGCGAGCGGUCUCAUCUAUGGGCCAGACGAAGGCUACCUGCCUCUACGAAAAAGCGUCGCGGAUUGGCUCUGCUCCACAUACGCCCAUUCCUCCGUCGCACCGAACUAUGAGCGGAUAUGCAUUACGAAUGGGGCGUCAGGGAAUUUAGGAAACAUACUCUCCAAGUUCACGGAUGCGAGAUACACGCGCAGGAUAUGGAUGGUCGAGCCCUCGUAUUUUCUGGCAUGUCCCAUCUUCCACGACGCGGGCUUCGAGGGCAAGCUGAGUGGUGUGCCGGAAGAUGAGGAGGGGUUGGAUAUCGAAUUCCUCCACUCUAGUCUCCAAGAAACUGAAAACGAAGUCAAGAAGACUGGCGGCGAAGACGUCCCGCUGCUCAAAGGCGGCGCUGGGUACGCGAAGCUGUACAAGCACUUAAUAUAUCUCGUUCCCACCUUCUCGAACCCUUCGGCGAAGACGUUGAGUUUGCAACGGAGAGAAGAGCUCGUGCGUUUGGCGAGGCAGUUCGAUGCGUUGGUCGUCACGGAUGAUGUCUACGAUGUCCUCCGUUGGCCUGAAGACCCCAAUGCCCCGGUGAGCAGGUUAGGAAAGCCGCCCCCCAGAAUUGUAGAUGUAGAUGCAACGUUGGAUGGCGGUCCCGUAGACGAGUGGGGCAACACCGUGAGCAAUGGAAGCUUUUCUAAGAUCAUUGCGCCUGGGUGUAGGGUGGGAUGGGCUGAGGGAACUGCAGCAUUUGCGAAGCAGUUGUCGCAGGUUGGUUCAACACGCUCCGGGGGAGCACCCAGCCAUCUUGUCCCAACUUUCGUCCACGAAAUGCUAGUAAAUGGAACAUUAGACAAGCACAUCACCGAAACACUCGUCCCAGUUUACCGCGCUCGCUACUACGUCCUCAUGGAUGCCAUCCGAGAGUAUCUCGUACCUCUAGGCUUUGAGCUCUCAGUUGGGAAGCCAUACGAGGCGUCUCUCAAGACCACCACCAAAGUUAACGGCACGAACAGCAUCAAUAGCACAAACGGCGUGCACCAGAACGGCACUUCGAGUCCGAUCCGAGAAGCAGGCGGCUUCUUCACUUACCUUCUUCUCCCCGCUGGCGUCCCCUCCGCAAGCGAUCUCGCCACAAAGGCGCUCGACAAAUACGAGCUCAAGUUCGCGUUCGGAGACAUGUUCCAGGUCGCUGGUGAUGUUAAAAGCGCUGAGAGGGCUGCAAAGGGGUAUGGAAGGGGGAUACGGUUGUGCUGGGCGUGGCACACGGAGGAGGAUAUCAAGGAGGGCAUUCGGCGGUUAGCGAUGAUUUCGCAGGAAGCGAAGAGUGGGAAGGCGUGAUAGAAAGUGUGUAUAGUAUAUAUACAUUUAACGAGAGCAUCCGAUACGGUUCGAUCUAUAACUACUUAUAUCAUGUAUAAAGGCU